AGUAAAUCAUCCCUUCCAACGACCCUUCACAAAAACUCCCCUGCUUCCUUUCGUGAUGUUUGUGUGCUUGGCUUGAAGUAACAAACAGGCGGAUCAUACCAAGGCAAUACCAAUCGAAUACAGUAAGUGACUCCCGCUACAGCCCUAAAUUCCACGCUACGACGGACCAGCCAACUCUCGCUCGCUCCUUCCUUCCCGUCCUCAAAAAGUGUUUCCCCUCCCGGGUUACCCCUCCCGAGCCACUCGCCCUCGACAGAGAAGGGAAGAAAGAGAGAAGGAUGGAUUUCGAUGUCGCCUACAGCCUUGAGAAUGCACAGCAAUUCUGGGAUGAGCUCGACGAUAUCGUCAGUGUGCAUUGCGAAACCCAGAACCUCAUUGAUCAGGCUCUGAAGUCCUAUCUAGCAUUCACUUCUUCAUUCACAGACGAGUACUUGGUUUCCGAGUACGAUUGGGCGAAGUGCACCUACAAGCUUUUGGAUUCUCCAUUGUUUACAAAACAUCGAAAUUACGUCCGCCGGCGGAUGAUCGGACGGCUGAGAAAGGAGAUUUUGACCCCACGAUUGCACUUGGUUGCGCUCAUUCUGUUGUAUGAUGGCCGGGGGGCCCAGAAGACGUUUGAGAUGAUGUUGGAAGAGGGCCUUUUUGUUAGGUUGAUGGAUCUGGUUCAGAAGACGAGGGAUGAGGAUAGGAUGCUCUGGCGUUCACUUAUAGAAUUGCUUUACGAGAUGUCCCGGAUACAGCGCUUGAGACGCGAAGACUUGGAAGCCAUUGAUGACGGAUUCAUAUCGUAUCUUUUUGGAUUGGUUGAGGAGGAUCCUGAGGAUCCCAAUGACCCAUAUCAUUACCCGGUAAUUAGAAUUUUGCUUGUAUUGAACGAACAGUACAUGGUUUCAGCCCAUGCCCCUCCUUCAAACCCUGCGGACCCGCCAGGCGCUCCAACGAAUAAAGUUAUAAAAAUUCUCUGUUUUCAUGGUUCUACAUACAAGACUUUUGGGGAGAAUAUUAUCCUUCUUCUUAACCGUGAAAGCGAAACUUGCUUACAGCUGUUGAUAUUAAAACUUCUAUACCUCCUCUUCACCACGAGUGCAACAAAUGAAUACUUUUACACAAACGACCUGCGGGUCCUGGUGGAUGUAAUGAUCCGCAACCUCUUAGACCUUCCGGACGAGUCUGAGCCCCUCCGACACACUUACCUCCGCGUCCUAUACCCACUCCUAGAACAUACCCAACUCCGCCACCCACCGCACUACAAGCGCGAUGAAGUCCUCAAACUCCUGGAAUGCUUGAGCGGCGUGCGAAGCAAUCACUUCCAACCGGUUGACCAAACAACCAUCCGCCUCGUCUCCCGCUGCGCGAAUGUCCCGUGGCUUAGAUCGGCGCCCGCUGAGAAUGUGCAGCCGGAGAACCCAGCACACAGAGCCCUGGGAAUGAGUCUGACAAAUCACGGUCAGAGCUCUGUCACUUUGCUGGAGGUGGCUUCCAAGUCGGAGAAGCCGGGGGUUAUCACUCCGUCCAGGAAAUUGGGCACUGGAGGAGCUAAUAUAGAUGGCAGUAGCGGCGGAAAUGGGGUGGAGAUUGCUGGGGAAGCAUGA